AUCAGCGAUAACAAGCACUGACUCAUCACUUAUCGUGUAUCUCCCGAGAUCCCGGAACAUGGAACUGUGAUCCGCCUCGUGGAGCCUCUACGUGUUUGUGUGUGUGUUUUGGUUGACUAUUGCGAACACAAUGCAAGGGUACUGUGCUGUUGUGUGACAUUAGUAGGUUAGCAGGUUGCUUGAGGGCACAACGUAUUGUAAUGUUGGCCUCCCUCAACUAGCGUCACAGGUCGGCUGUUACAGUGGGAAAUUGUAUAUAAUCUACUCCGAGGGUUCAAUCGGCAGGCUAAUCCACGUGCAAAGAUGAAGUUCUUCGUCGUUGUCGCUCUGGCCCUGGUUGCCGCCGUUGCCGCCCAGGACAAGUACACCACCAAGUACGAUGGUGUCGAUCUGGACGAGAUCCUGAAGUCGGACCGUCUGUUCAACAACUACUACAAGUGUCUGCUGGAUCAGGGCCGCUGCACCCCGGACGGUAACGAGCUGAAGCGCAUCCUGCCGGACGCCCUCAAGACGGACUGUGCCAAGUGCAGCGAGAAGCAGAAGACCGGCACGGAGAAGGUGAUCAACUAUCUGAUCGAUAACCGCAAGGAUCAGUGGGAGAACCUGCAGCAGAAGUACGACCCGGAGAACAUCUACGUCAACAAGUACCGCGAUGAGGCCAAGAAGAAGGGCAUCAACCUGUAAGAUGGACCGCGACCCCGGGACAGAGGACGCUGUGUUUUUGUCAGUGUCAGCAACGUGUCACGAGACGGAAAAAAACUGUGGAAAAGGACUGGACGCAAUGGAGCGAGUACCGUUUAAGACAACCGGAGAUGCAUACCAUACCAUACUGCGAGAGCACCCAGCCCAGACACACCCAGACAGCGGACACGUCGCGUCGUUGCCGUCGAAUCCUAUGGGUUCAUGAAUGCGUUAAUAAUUUGUUUUUAUUUGAUAUGAAAACUUACCGGUAACAGUUCAGCAGCGAUCGAGCAGUGUUUUUUUGUGAACGCCUGUGUCUUCUGAAUGAACUUCAAACUCCGUCAACAACUUCAUCAGUAUACUACACACAACAUAAACACAACGUUAAAUAAACAUACCGACGUCAAACGAUUUUAUCAAAAAAACCAAA